AUGAACGGAGACGACGCCUUUGCAAGGAGACCCAGGGAUGAUGCUCAAAUAUCAGAGAAGUUACGAAAGGCCUUCGAUGAUAUUGCCAAAUACUUCUCUAAGAAAGAGUGGGAAAAGAUGAAAUCCUCGGAGAAAAUCAUCUAUGUGUAUAUGAAGCUAAACUAUGAGGUCAUGACUAAACUAGGUUUCAAGGUCACCCUCCCACCUUUCAUGUGUAGUAAACGGGCUGCAGACUUCCACGGGAAUGAUUUUGGUAACGAUCGAAACCACAGGAAUCAGGUUGAACGUCCUCAGAUGACUUUCGGCAGGCUCCAGAGAAUCUUCCCGAAGAUCAUGCCCAAGAAGCCAGCAGAGGAAGAAAAUGAUUUGAAGGAAGUGCCAGAGGCAUCUGGCCCACAAAAUGAUGGGAAACAGCUGUGCCCCCCGGGAAAUCCAAGUACCUUGGAGAAGAUUAACAAGACAUCUGGAAAUAGGGAGGCCCAAGAAAAGGAGGAGAGAUGGGGAAGAGCUCAUCGGUGGAGCAGUCAGAACACACACAACAUUGAUCGAUUAAGUUUGUCAUCUUCUGUGGGACCCAAAAGGGGGAAACAUGCCUGGACCCACAGACUGCGUGAGAGAAAGCAGCUGGUAGUUUAUGAAGAGAUCAGCGACCCUGAGGAAGAUGACGAGUAACUCCCCUGGGGGAUACGACACAUGCCCAUGAUGAGAAGCAGAACGUGGUGACCUUUCACGAACAUGGGCAUGGCUGCGGACCCCUCGUCAUCAGGUGCAUAGCAAGUGAAAGCAAGUGUUCACAACAGUGAAAAGUUGAGCGUCAUUUUUCUUAGCGUGCCAAGAGUUCGAUGUUGGCGUUUCCGUUGUAUUUUCUUGCAGUGUGCCAUUCUGUUAGACAUUAGCAUUUUCGUUGAUGAGCAAGACAUGCUUAAUGCAUAUUUCGGCUUGUGUAUCCAUGCACCUACCUCAGAAAACAAGUAGUGUCAGGUAUUCUCUCCAUAGAACAGCACUACCCUCCUCUCUCCGCAGAUGUGACUACUGAGGGGAGGUCUGAGUGUUUAAUUUCCGAUUUUUUCCUCUGCAUUUACACACACACCACACACGCACACACACACACCAAGUACCAGUAUAAGCAUCUCCCAUCUGCUUUUCUCCAUUGCCAUGCGUCCUGGUCAAGCCCCCCUCACUCUGUUUCCUCUUCAGCAUGUAC